AUGCCUCGUUUUCAGCUACCCGCUGCCGGUAUUCUUGCCGGUAGUGCCUUUGCCAGCCUGAUUACUUUCUACCUUACUCGUUCGCCUGAAGGAAAGAUUCAACUACCUACGAGCGUCGACGCUUCUGAGGAAUAUCUCGGUUCUGACCCUUUUGACGUCACGACGCCUGAGGAUGUCAUUGACGGAUACCCAAUCCAAGCUGAGGCAUUUUGGUGUCGGAUGCGAUGGAGGAAACUAUUCAUCUCUUUCCUUCUAUCUCUUACAAUUGUCAUCAACACUGUCGCUCUCGGCUUUGCUGCAGCCAACGAAGAGCAAAAUGAUGUUGUAGUCGCCUCACUUCAACUCUUCUUCUCGCUCUACGUUUUCUUGCUUUCCGCGCGGUCAGUGGGUCAGAAUACAGCCGAUGAACACGCGAACUCCAUUCUCCAUGUCACCGGAUUGACAACCGUGGCAUUUGCACUCCUCGGUUCCAUCGCCAUUCUUCCUGACAGACCCCCUCCGGUUGCGACAUCUGGCGUGGGCCAAUCAGAGCCCGUACUAAUCUAUCUUUGGUAUACCCUCGUUGGGCUGUACACUAUUCUAUGUGUUUUGACAUUUACGACACCCCUUGGCCCGCCUCUCUAUUUCCCUCCGGCAAACAUCUACUCCAAGAAGACUGUGGACUCGAUCACAAAUAAGGAUGAUGAGAAUGUUUGUGGGCUUAUAAGCGCUUCUGCGUGGGAUACCUUACUGUUCUCCUACACCACCAAGGUAGUUUGGCUCGGAAACAUUGCCACUACCCUUGAUAUCGGGGAUCUACCCAUCGUACCUGGAAACAUGCGUGCCACGUUCAAUUAUACUCGCAUGAAGAAGGCAAUGCGCGAAAUUCAACCCCGCAUCUUCAGAGUUGGCUCUGGUUGGGGUUUGGGUUAUCGCUUGGUUCGCUUGAACAGUUUUGCGUUCCUCGUGGAACUUGUCCUCGCGUCUGUUUCUGCGGUCUUGUUCUACGCCCCGGCGCUUUUUUUGCAGAAGCUUGUUGAGUAUCUAGAAAUAGACAGGAAUCGAGAGAACGCUGGCUGGGGAUGGGUUUAUGCCAUCGGUCUCUUUUCAGCGAACGCAGUCGGCUUUUUGGUUACUGGACAGCUAUGGUCGCUGGCUACCACAACCAUCGCGGUCCGAAUAAAGAUUCAGCUGAACACCAUUCUAUUUGCCAAAACUUUGGUGCGGAAAGACGUCGCCUCUUCCGCUCCACCUCCGUCCUCCACUGCUUCAAAAGAUAAUGCUUCUGACGCUGCUACAGAGGGUACAAAGAAGGACGACGAGGACGAUUUCUCGAGCAAAUCUCAGAUCAUGACUUUGAUGACCACCGACGUUGAUAGGGUCAGUGAUUUUGCGUGGCAUGUCUUCGCCCUUGUCGAUAGUCCUAUUGAAAUUGUUAUUGGAUCAAUAUUCUUGUACAAAUUGCUGGGCGUUUCUUGCUUUUUUGGGCUUGCUGUCACAUGUCUGUUCCUUCCCUUGAACCAUUUCGCUGGAAAAGUUGUUGUUGGUGCACAAGAAAACUUGAUGAAAGCGCGUGACGAGAGAGUCGCGUUGAUGAAUGAGAUCCUUGGGGGAAUCCGGAUGCUCAAGUUUAUGGCUUGGGAAAGAAGCUUUGAAGCUAGAGUUCUCAAGGUUCGCGACAAGGAGCUGAAAUAUCAAAAGCUAAACUAUGCUAUAGAGACCCUUUGGAAUGCUAUCUGGAAUGGAUCACCUAUCCUAGUAACAUUGGUUUCUUUCUGGCAUUUCGCUGUCGUUAGGCAACAGUCGUUGACCCCAUCAAUUGCGUUCACUUCGAUCAUUGUGUUUACAGAGAUGAAGUUUGCCCUCAACGCGCUCCCGGAAACCUUCAUCAAUAUGCUUCAGAGCAUGGUAUCUCUCAGGCGCAUUGAAAAGUAUCUUCACGCCGCUGAAGUUGACCGCGUCCUCCCUUCGGAGAGGCAAACCCAAAAAAUUGCACUCCAGUCAUGCACUGUUACCUGGCCACAGGACCGUGCUUCCGCUAGCACCACACCCUCUGCUGCUUCUACGCCAAGACACAAGUUCAUGCUCGUCGAUCUUUCGCUUGAUUUCCCCCAGGGCGAGUUGUCGCUCAUUUGCGGCAAAUUGGGCUCUGGAAAAACUCUAUUGCUCCUUGCGUUACUGGGAGAAGCUGACGUACUCACUGGACAACUGCUCUGUCCUAGAUCUCCACCCGACUCACUUGCCUCCUUUUCUAAAAUCAUUCCGCGUAAGGAUGAAUGGGUCGUUCAGGGGAGUUGCGCCUACGUUCCACAGGCUGCGUGGCUUCGUAAUGCAUCUAUCAAAGAAAAUAUCUUAUUUAACUUACCUUAUGACGAGGAACGCUAUCAGACGACAUUGGAGGUUUGCGCUCUUGUGAGCGAUUUGGAGAUUCUAGAAGAUGGUGAUGAAUCAGAGAUUGGUGAACGUGGGGUUAACCUUUCAGGUGGUCAAAAAGCGCGAGUUUCCCUCGCUCGCGCUGUAUAUUCUCGUGCAUCCAUCCUCUUCUUGGAUGAUGUCUUGUCUGCUGUUGAUGCCCAUACCGCGCAUCACUUGUACCACCAAUGCCUCCGAGGCGAACUUAUGCAAGGCCGGACGGUUAUUUUGGUUUCCCAUCAUGUGCAGUUAUGUGUUCCUGGCGCGAGUUAUGUUGUUGCGCUCGACAACGGACGGGUUCAGUAUCAAGGGUCUCGCGAGGAAUUCGUCAGCUCUGGCGCCAUCAAAGCCUUGGUUCAAUCAACGAAUGAAGACAAAAGCAGUGACAAGGCAGAAGAAGCGGAGCUCAUCGAGGCCGUUGAAGAAAAGAUGGCCCUGCAGGCAGAGACUGACGAAUCAGAUCCUCAUUCUGAGUCUAGCUCAACUGUUGCGGCAACACCCAAAUCUGAGAAAAAACCUCGGAAGCUCGUGGAAGAAGAGGCCCGCGCAGUUGGUCGUAUCAGUCGGGAUAUCUGGGAAACUUAUAUUCGUGCAUGUGGUAAUAGCUGGUAUUGGGGUCUGUUCUCCGUGAUAUUGGUGAUUGCAUCGCUUAGUCCUGUUUUGGAGAACGGUUGGCUUCGUUAUUGGUCCAAUGUCGCUCUGACAGGAGAUGACCAUCACGAGAGUGCUGUAUUCUACAUUUCGGUUUACGCUGGUAUUACGGGUCUUGGCCUCGUCAUCUCGACUCUUCGGUGGUUUGUUCUUUACAACGGCUCUAUCCGUGCAUCAACUGUCCUGUAUAAGAGACUUCUCGAAGCUGUUCUCUUCGCAAACAUCAGAUUUCAUGACACUGUUUCUCGUGGUCGUCUACUAAACAGAUUUGGAAAGGAUUUUGAGGGUAUUGAUAGCAACCUCUCGGACAACUUCGGUCGUACCGGAAUGUACGGAUUGUCUGCCAUUACCACCUUAAUCACCGUCAGUGUCGUUGGAGGGCUUCCCUUUGUGGCUGCAACAUUGUGUUUUGGUCUUCUAUAUUACAGUGCUGCGAAGAUUUAUGGUCAAACUUCGCGAGACAUGAGGAGGCUAGAUUCCGUGACUCGUUCGCCCCUUUACUCGAUGUAUGGGGAAACAAUAUCAGGGGUCACAAUCUUGCGUGCUUUUGGCGCAUCUUCGAAAUUCUUACGUGAUAUGCUUCGUUGCGUUGAUACUAAUGCUAAUCCUUUCUACUGGAUGUGGGGAGUUAAUCGUUGGUUGUCUGUUCGGUUCAACUUGCUCUCCGCUGGAGUUGUCGGAGCGACAGCCGUCGUCUGCUUGAUCACGCCGAGUAUAAGCGCGUCACUGGCCGGAUUCGCUCUGGCGUUUGCCUCUACGAUUACAAAUGAUCUGCUUUUCAUGGUGCGACGAUUCGUCGGCUUGGAACAAUCGAUGGUUGCAUUGGAACGAGUCCACGAAUAUACGCAACUUAAGCGAGAACCACCCGAGUUCAUCGAGCCCAGACCUCCCACGUCAUGGCCAUCUCGCGGUGAGAUUAAAUGCGAGGAUCUCGUUAUCCGAUAUGCGCCUGAGCUUCCAAACGUUCUUCAUGGACUCAACUUUGACAUCAAUCCCGGUGAAAAGGUUGGGAUCCUUGGCCGAACAGGUUCAGGAAAAAGCACUCUUGCCCUUUCUUUCUUCCGAUUUGUGGAAGCAACUGAAGGCCGCAUUUUGGUUGAUGGUAUCGACACGGCAACAGUUGGCUUGACCGAUCUUCGGAGUCGUCUCACAAUCAUUCCACAGGAUCCGACCAUCUUAAGCGGAAGCCUAAGAUCAACUUUAGACGUAUUUGACGAGUACCAGGAUGCUGAGAUCUAUGAAGCUCUUCGUCGCGUCCACCUUAUACCAUCAGAGGAUACACCGGAGGAAGCGGCUAAUGCGGUCAACGCAAAUGUCUUCCGUGACCUUGACUCUUCAGUAUCUGAAGGCGGCGAUAACUUUUCGACGGGCGAGAAACAACUGCUAUGUAUGGCAAGAGCCAUACUGAAACGAUCCAAAAUACUUGUCAUGGAUGAGGCGACAGCAAGCGUUGAUUACGCCACUGAUGAGCUGAUUGGAAAAACGAUACGACAAGAAUUUGCGGAAAGCACGAUCUUGACAAUUGCGCAUCGCCUGAGGACGGUGAUUGAUUACGACAGGGUAAUGCUUCUUGAACAAGGCCGUAUCAUAGAAUUUGACCGGCCGGCAACGUUACUCAGCAAUCCAGCAUCCAAGUUUUACGCGUUAUGUAAAGCAGCUGGGAAAGAGGAGUUUGUGGUGUUGAAGAGGAUGGCUGGUGUAUGA